CCCCCCCAAACCAUGGCCGUGCGCCGAUGAGACUCCUUUAAGAGCCCUCUCUUUCGUUUGGCUUCUUCUUUGAACACCCUCCCACCGUAUUUGCUCGCUCUCUCGAAAUAAAAUAAAAAUAUCUCCUGGUCUAUGCAUCUCAUUGAUCCCCUACCAUUAUUGUCACCGAAGACCACUCGUCCCUCUUCAACUCUACUCCUCCGGCCCACCGUCGACACCAUCACCGACGAUAAGCUCACUACACAACUUUCUGCUUCUCACAGAGAAUCCGCUUGCACAAUGUCCGCAAUGGCAAACAAGUCGCGACCGAUCCCCCGGCCUUCCACUCCGCGGCCGUCGACUCCACGACAGAAACAUCGCGUUAUGAAGCCUGCAACCGUGCAGAAGAGUCUGCCCACUCCGCGGCCCUCGCAGUCUCCUUCCCCGCACGUCUCGCGGCCAUCGACGCCGGCAAACACGGUCGCCCAGAACCGCCGUCGCACCGCACCCAAGAACGUAACGUAUACAAGCACUUGCGCUUCCAACGGCCCUCAACAGCAGUCUACGGUUAACUGGGACUGCGUCUCGUAUGUUGUCUCGGACCAGAAGAUCCAUUCCGCAUACGAGAAGCCGACCAUGGAGCCCGGUACAAACACCGUCACAUCCUAUGGUCGCAUCGUCACCACUACAACCACCACAACCGUCACCACCACCAUCGCCACCACUGAGAUCCUACAUCCGGGUGAGACUGGGUACGAGGAGUCGUUGGCGCGACAACAGGCUUUGACACUGGCUGCGCCCGAAGAGCGCCAGAUGCUCGAAAAGCGAUUCCAGGAGAGCAGGUCUUGGUCGGCGGGUACGAAUAAGGCCGGUCACGAGAUGCUGCAUCAGGAUCACCACCGCAGUGCAGAGCCCACCAAGGCUAUUUACGACAGCAUAGAUGCAUGAUUCAUGCACUCACUUCCUUGCCAUCUGAUUUUUUGUUUUGGACCACGAACAUGUGGACUCCUCCCCCUUACCCCCCUCCCCUUCUCCCCCCACCCGGGGCGGGACACAUGGCUUUCGAGGACUUGCAGGAGCCAGGUCAGUUUC